ACCAUUAAUCUCUCCGUUCGCCGACACUGUGCACUUCCUGCCCUCUAUAUCUUCCUUCCCACUCAUCCCUUCCCUGUUGCUUCUGUACUUUCCUCUCUUUUCAUCUCUCUCUCCCACAUCUCCAUCAUGGUGCAUUCAAGGAAGUUCAGAGGUGUCAGACAGCGUCAUUGGGGCUCUUGGGUCUCCGAAAUCCGCCACCCCCUCUUAAAGAGGAGGGUGUGGCUGGGGACGUUUGAGACGGCGGAAGAAGCGGCGAGAGCGUAUGAUCAAGCUGCCAUUCUGAUGAGUGGCCGGAAUGCCAAGACCAAUUUCCCGAUGUCACAGACUCCGGACGGCGAUUCCAACAAGGCGGCUGGGGCGGCCAGGGAUCUCGAGGAGAUCCUGCACGCCAAGUUGAGGAAAUGCGGGAAGCUGCCGUCGCCGUCCAUGACGUGCCUGAGGCUGGACACCGAGAACUCCAACAUCGGAGUGUGGCAGAAACGCGCCGGCCAGCGUACCGAUAACUCCAAUUGGGUGAUGACGGUCGAGCUGGGGAAGAAGGCCGGAAGUGAUAAUCAUAAUAAUAUCAAUAACAGCAACGGUAAUGGAGUGGAGAAAACGACGACGUCGUCGUGGAAGUGCUCUGAGUCUGCAAUCUCAUCGGGAGGGCCGGAAGUGACGAUGGGAGGUGGAGGGUUGAACGAAGAAGAAAGAAUUGCACUGCAAAUGAUUGAGGAACUGCUCAACAGAAACUGUCCAAGUCCUCCGGCACCUUCAUUUGAUCAUCAUGGUCUGGUUGAAGAAGACAACCAUGCUCAUGGCGAAAGCUUUCUCUUUUGACUUUAUUCAACAAAAGUUAAGGUGGGUGAUUAAUUAUUUUGGCUAAUUUCUUAUCAAUAUUAAUUUCCAUAUAUGCAUUGGUAUAAUGGUACAAUUUAUAGCUAUCCCCUGAGGGGAAGGGAGUGAUUAUCACUUGUUAUCAUGAUUGACAAGACAAGGAUGUGAAAUAAUCUAGUUAGACAUUCUACAGAAGCAGAAUAAGGCACACAGAUAUAUAUAUAUAUAUAUAUAUAUGGAUUCGUGUUUGUUUGUAAACAGAAUUACACAGAUGCUGUCCCACUGCAAUUGUACGUACGAGGAGCAGAAUAAACAGAAAUUAUACUCAGAUUCAAUCCAGUUGCAACUGUACGUACAUUAAGAAGGCACUCUCAUGGUGAAUAUAAAGCAGGACUAUAUACACUAUAUAUGAAAAUCAUUCCUAUCUUUUUAUA